AUGCCGAAGUCUACAAUUGAAAUAAAAAACGAAAACACAGAAAAUGGAUAUGACGAUGAGGAAAUUAACGUCGAAAUGAUUGAUGAACCAAGCUCAUCGCAAAUAAUGCAACAAGAAAACAUGGACGAAAAACCCACGUUCAUUUGCGAACUUUGUCAUUGUGCUUUCGACUGCAAACCCGCAAAAAACUUCCAUUUGCGCGUGGAUCACUCCGAUAUUGAUACAAGAAGUCUGUUGGAGGGAAAUGCGGUAAUAUGUGAAGAAAACCUGAUUGAUGAUGGAAAUAUGGAAGAAUUAGUGGAAGAUACCUCGGAAAAUGUUUCACAAGGGCCUCCGCCGAAGAAAAGAACAAGACGUAAAAAGAAUCAGAUGCUACCUGGAGAAGAGGAAUUUCUUCAACCACAAGGUCGUACAAUGACAACGAAAGAGCUAAUAAACGGAAGGCGAGGAAAUUCCGAUUCAAAAUCAAGAUCUCGAGCGUCAACUUCUAUUAGGAAUGACAAUAAUUUAAUUCAUAAUAUUGUUGAAAAUGCUCCCGAAAUCGGAGAAGAGGUAGUAAUUGAUCAGAUUGGUAACACAUACAUACAUGAUGACGGUCAAUACCAGUAUAUUCACCUACCUCCUGGUCACGGAGAGAAUAAAAAGAAACAUACUGGUAAGAUGGGAGCCCCCCGGAAAAACACGCCGGCCCAAAAACCGAGAGUCUACGAGCCCGGCAAAAUCCCAUUCCGUCUUCGUGUUGGUGAUGUAAAUGGAAAAUACGAGUGUUAUAUAAAAGAAUGUAAUUGGAAAGGUGGAUACCGUUCGUUGAGAAUGGACCAUAUGAGGUCAGUUCAUCCCGAAUGGAAAAUGCCGAGCCGGUUUUUGCUUCAGAGGAUAUCGAAAGAAGGAAUAUACCUGAAUCCUGACGAAUAUGAGCCGCCAAUACCAUGUUUGGUGCCCGGAUGCACGUGGAGAGGCAAUUAUCGGGCAUCGCGAUCUGCUCAUAUGCGCCAAGUUCAUAAAGAGAUUCACGAGGAGAAUAAGAAAAAGACCUCAAUGGGUGGAUACGCCCCAGAGGGUCCAUAUCUUUGUCACGUGACGGAAUGCGAUUGGCGCGGUGUUUCGAGAACGACGCGAUCGAAUCACAUGAAGAAGGAGCAUCCGGACUGGACGGCGCACAAUAGGCAGUUCGUCAGGACGAUUGUUCAUGAAUGCUUUUUGUGUCAGAAUCCAUAUAGUUCAGUUAAUCUGCUUUAUCGUCAUAUUUCGGAUUAUCACGGUGCUGGAUUAGAGACUUGGAUGGGUGUUGUUAUGAGGCUUUUUCAUAUUACAUUUAGUCGAAAAAUUGUGCACAGAAAUGCCAAUGGCUUGGUGAAUUAUUUGCUAACGUGCUCCUGUUCAUCUAUGCGGCAGGCGAUUUUGACAAGUACUAGAAAUGCGGCGUAUUCUACAAAUUUUCUGAGGAAACGAUCUCAACGCAUAAUUACUCGACGAAAAAUUGAGUGUGCUUUACAUCUUAAUAUCACGGAGAACUCGAAGAAUGGCAAUGUGCACGUUGUUGGCUGUCUGGAGCACACGGGACAUCGUUGGGGCACACCUCAAAUUCGAUGGCAUAAUGUAGAUCGGCAGGUUUUCUACGAAUAUAUGGAGUAUCGAUCGGAGAACAAUGUUAAGAUGCCGUUGGCGAAACUUCUGAACUUUUUCGAGGAGUUUGAAUCCUACAAAGCUCCGCGAUUUGAGCCAAACGUUGAGCCAAUUGAUAUGGAAUAUGAGCAGGCUGAUGAGAAUGACGCGAUUUCGCUUUACAAGUUGAUUACGGAUGGUGUCAUCGAUCAGGACGCUUUGUUCGAUGUCCAUCUCGCCCACGCGGAAAAUGGAAGGAUUGUCGAGAAUGCGACGAUAACUAUUGGAUACAUGAACGAUGAAAUGAAGAAAUCCUAUCUGGAGCUUUUGCAAACGCCGAACAAGCCAUGCAUCAUUGAUCAUUCCCGCCUAAACGUUGGCGAUCGAGAAUUGUCGGUGUUCACUGUGCUAUCGCCGUCAUACAAUCCGAGAUGCUGCUGUGUGUAUAUUACUUCGUGUCAUGAAACGGGCUAUAGGGCGAUUUGUAGCAAAUUGCAAGAAGUAUCUCCGCAACCGCCAAUGAUUUUCAUGGUGGAUCCUUCCGAACAAUGGGUUCGUGAAGUUGCUUCAUUUUUCCCCGAACAUCGAACAAAUGUUUUGAUUUCGGAAUGGACCAUUCUCGAUUUUUGGGGAAAAAUGGUUGAACAAAUGAUCUCAAAUGAUGCUGACCAAUUUUUUGUAAUGGCCGCAUUGCGAAAACUUCUAAGAAUCGAUGAAUCCGACGAAUUCCUAUUAUUCAUUGUGGAGUUCUUCGAAGCUCUCAGCGAAGGAAGUUGCGAGGAUUUCAUUAAAUUUAUGGAUUUUCAAUUAUCCGAUGUACAAUAUUUUAAAAGAUGGUGGCCAUUUCAAAGAAAUUCGCGCGGAUUCUCGAAUCCAAUGCUUUUGAGUUGUUCGCGAUCGUUGCGCGAGAAUUUCUUGCAUCCGACGAAUUGCGACCGAAUCGACAAAUAUAUUUAUCUUCUUCAGAAGCGAAUUGCCGAAUUCAAUUCGAUCACCGCGUAUGUGACCGAAUAUGCGCCCGAGUUCAAUGAAUCGGAAUGUGUUCAGUAUGAGGAAGUAUUUGAUGAUUACGAUCAGCAAAUGGACGACGACGGCCAGCAGCUUGAAGUCAAUGAGGUGUUCAUACCUGGAUCGGAAAUCCCGCACCAACUUCACAACGAGGUUGUUGUUGAUGGAAUUAUUGGCAUGGAACACGUCAUUGAUGGAGAAGCUGUGAUGUUCACUGAUGACAUCCCAUCGACUUCCGGUAUCAAUCAGCAACACGUGUACGAGUAUUAUGAAGAAGAUGAUAAAACGGAAUUGGCUGCCGCCGAUCCGGUCAUGAUUCACCAUGAUGAAUAUGUGCCGUUGAAGAGAAAAAUUCCGACGUAUGAUUUGACGGAUGACGAGAUUGGUAGAAUUGCAUCGGAAAUAAUGAGUAUCGACCGUCGAAAAAAUCGCGGCUCAUACAAAAAGCAGCAGCGCGUUUAUGAGCCGCCGCCGGAAAUGUACGAAGAAGUCCUCGUAAUGAAGCCCUACGAUCCGAAUGAGCCGUCGACGUCUGGAACGCAGCCAUCGUCAUCGACAGUGUCAUAUAUUCCCCCGCAAUGGCAUGAAUAA